AUGGUAGAUGAGUUUGGAUAUCGUGCACCAUUGCACCCACGACCAUUCCCUAAACCUGCUGGCACGGGAGCCCAUGUGCAUAUUUCAGUCAGCUCUCUUGGUUUGUCGGCACCCCCGGAGAUUGGACCAUUCUUCGCUGGUAUCAUCAAUCAUCUUCCGUCUAGAAUAGCUUUUUGCCUUCCGCUGAACGUCCCUUAUGAGAGGGUGGCAACUGAACUGUGGAGUGGUGGAGAAUUUGCGAGUUGGGGAUGGUACAAUAAAGAAAUAGCCUUGCCUCGCAUCAACUCUCCGGUUGACGAUAAAGAGCUGCAGAAAAUCUUGGGCGAAAAGAACACGACCACUUACAUUGAGAUGACAAAGGAGUGGGACAAGCAACUGGAUGGAAUGGACGAGCAAGCGAAACGGAUGACGCUAUUACCGAAUUAUUACCUAGGUGGUGGACAUGAAGAGAAGACGCCGCGCAGGUGCAGCUUACGGAAUUAUCUCUAUGAUACUUGGUUUUCAACUUUAUAUUAA